CUAUUCAAACCCACAGUGUUGUUCUGUAUUCAUUCUCUUCCUCCUCUCGUGACCUCAAAACACCCAAAGUCUUAACACAGAGAAAGAGAGAGAGAGAGAGAGAAUUUCAGAGAUGAAGGGAUUUAGGGCAAGAAAAUUAGAUCCAAUCUACUUAUUCCCAAUUGAAGAACUGCCAGUUGCAGUUAAUUACUUGAAGAAUUUGCUUCCGUUUCUUACAGAAGGGUUAUGUAAUAAAUGUAAUAAACUUCUCUUAAAUCGUGUAGAUUUACUCGAUCAAGAACUUUCCUACCAGGACCCUCAACCAUUACAAGUACCAGAUGUACAUUGCUGCGAAUCGACAUCAUCUCCAGCAAAUGAAGAUAUUGACAAAUAUGCCUAUAUUCCUGAUGAGUGUUGCGGUAAGAAGGAUAAUUCUGACACUCAUUCUAUUGGGAGUUGGAACAACGGAGAGAAGGGUGAAUGUGGUUCUGACACUCAUUCUAUUGGGAGUUGGAAGAACGGAGAGAAGGGUGACUGUGAUUCUGAUACUCAGUCUAUUGGGAGCUGGAAAGACGGAGAAAACGGUAGGUUGGAACCUGUCCUGUGUAAAAGUGAACUGGAGGGUGACUGUGAUUCUGAUACUCAGUCUAUUGGGAGCUGGAAAGACGGAGAAAACGGUAGGAUGGAACCUGUCAUGUAUAAAAGUGAAUUGGAGGUGUCGACUACUAGUGAAGCUCCAAAUGUACGUAUGUCGUGGGCUGAUAUGGCACAAGAAAACGGUAGGUUAGAACCUGUCGUGUAUAAAAAUGAAUUGGAGGUGGCGACUACUAGUGAAGCUCCAAAUGUACGUAUGUCGUGGGCUGAUAUAGCACGACAAAACGGUAAGUUGGAACCUGUCGUGUAUAAAAGUGAAUUGGAGGUGUCGACUACUAGUGAAGCUCCAAAUGUACGUAUGUCGUGGGCGGAUAUGGCACAAGAAGAAGAAGAUGAGCUACAAGAAUAUGAAAACAGUCAGCAGCAAGAGUGUGAUCCUGGAGGUGUAGGAAGUGAAGAGAAGAAGAAACCAGAGUUAUCAAGGGAAACAAGGGAGUUUAUUAGGUUCAUGAAUGUGCAGCGAAAGAAGGAUUUUGUUUGCUUAGAGAGAAUUAAGGGAAAGACCGUGAAUGUACUUGAGGGGCUUGAACUGCAUGCUGGUGUGUUCAGCGCUGCAGAGCAGAAGCGAAUAGUUGAUUUUGUGUUUGAACUUCAGGAAAAGGGAAGCAGAGGAGAGUUAAAAGAGCGCACAUAUACUGCUCCCCAGAAGUGGAUGCGUGGCAAGGGGCGGGUAACCAUACAAUUCGGUUGCUGUUAUAACUAUGCACCGGAUAGGAAAGGCAAUCCCCCUGGAAUACUUCGCAAUGAACAUGUCGAUCCAAUACCUAAUCUUCUAAAGGUGAUGAUAAGGAGACUGGUGAAGUGGCAUGUUCUUCCUGCAUCUUGUGUAUCUGAUAGUUGUAUAGUCAAUAUAUAUGAUGAGGGGGACUGCAUACCGCCACAUAUCGAUAACCACGAUUUUAUCCGGCCAUUUUGCACCGUUUCUUUUCUUAGCGAGUGUGAUAUAGUGUUUGGGUCAAACCUAAAGAUCGUGGGACCUGGUGAGUUUAGUGGCUCAGCUGCAAUUCCUCUUCCAGUGGGCUCUGUGUUGGUCUUACAAGGAAAUGGAGCCGAUGUUGCUAAGCACUGUGUGCCUGCAGUUCCAUGUAAAAGGAUUUCUAUCACCUUUCGGAAAAUGGAUGAAGGAAAGUGUCCACUGGGUUUUGUUCCUGAGCCAGAUCUACUGGGGAUUCAACCACUGCCCUAUGAAUCUGAUGAAUCCAAUGUGUUAAAUAUUCAAGUCAAAUCACUUAGAGAUGGGGGUAAUAGUAAUCUUUCUGAGAAGCGAGAGGGCAUUCUUGGAAGAGCACCGUCAGAUGAUCUUGGCAGUCACUCGGAGCCACGUCAAACAACUCAAGGGUCUCAUUCAGAUAAUGGUGGUAGCCACGUAGAGCCUUGGCAAAGAGCUCGAGGGACCCUUUCAGAUAAUGGCAGCACUCACUCAGAGCCACGUCUAACAACUCGAGGGGCUCAUUCAGAACCACGAUUAGCAGCUCAAACAGCUCGGGGAACUUCUCAAUCAGAGGCACAACAAACAGCUGAAGGGGGUUCACAUUCAGAACCACAAGAACCAUCUCAGGAGACUCAUUCAGAGCCGCGACCGACAUCCAUAGGAACUCCUCAAUCAGAACCUCGGCAAACACCUAGGAGGACUCCUUGGUCGCAGCAAACAAAUAGGCCAAGGGAAUCCCAUUCAGAACCACAAGUAACAUCUCAGGAGACUCAUUCAGAGCCAGGACCAGCAUCCAUAGGAACUCCUCAAUCAGAACCUCGGCAAACACCUAGGAGGACUCCUUGGUCGCAGCAAACAUAUAGGUCAAGGGAAGCCUAUUCAGAACCACAAGAAACAUCUCAGGAGACUCAUUCAGAGCCACGACCAGCAACCAUAGGAACUCCUCGGCAAACACCUAGGAGGACUCCUUGGUCGCAGCAAACAUAUAAGCCAGGGGAAGCCCAUUCAGAACCGCAACAAACAUCUCAGGAGACUCAUUCAGAGCCACGACCGGCGUCCAUAGGAACUCCUCAAUCAGAGCCUCGGCAAACACCUAGGAGGACUCCUUGGUCGCAACAAACAUUUAGGCCAAGGGCAAGACGGAGUGUAGACAGGUGAAUAUGCUGAAGAAUUUGCUGCUUGGUAUCAUAUGAUUGAAGAACUGUUAUAGAUCCAAAGCCAAAAUACAUCCAAAGCCAAAAUAUGUCCCCCCUCAAUGUGAUAAUGUUUUUGUAGGUUCCUUCCUUGGGUAGAUAGAAAUUCUAUUCAAAUUUAUUCAUCAUUAUGAUGUUCCACAUACGAAAAUGAAAGUAAUGAAUGUUUUCAAUACAAGGGACUCUUUUGUU